AUGGAGAGCAAGAGCGAAGGAAAGAAAACUCCUGCGGGGUCGCCCGGCAAAGAGCGCGCCUCUCAGUCCCCCCCGAAAAGGACGCCGAGUCCGCAAACCGAUGAUCUACUACCGGGCCAUCAUUGGGCACAGGCGCCAUUGAAAGUGGUGGAUAUUGGCACCGGAACAGGGCUCUGGGCAGUUGACUUUGGGGACAAAUUCCCCAAUUGCGAGGUCAUCGGAACCGACAUUUCCCCUAUCCAGCCAACUUGGGUUCCUCCCAAUGUGAAAUUGUGGGCCCGCUACUACUAUGACUGCACUCAGCCGUUCACGUUCGCCCCCGAUUCCAUCGACUUCUUCCACAUGAGAUACAUGACAGGGAGUCUGAGCGUCCAGGGCUGGUAUGACUUGUUCAAGGAGGCAUUUCGGUGCACCAAGCCCGGAGGAUACUUCGAAAGCUUUGAGGCGGCACCCUUCUUUACUAGCGACGACGGCACGGUGACGGAGACGAGUGCGUUGUCUCAAUGGGGAAAACUAUUCGUCGAGGGGGGAAAGAAGAUCGGAGCGACCUUCAGUAUGGUCGUCGAUGGGACUCAGACGAAGGGGAUGGAAGAGGCGGGCUAUGUCGACAUUGAAGAGAGGGAUUUUAAAGUGCCCAUGGGGAGAUGGCCAAAGGACCCGAAAUUGAAGGAACUGGGGACCUUCGCCUAUGCGGCCAUCGCCACUGACAUCGAGGGCUAUGUAUUGUACAUGGCGAAUCUGCAGGGGUGGACAAAAGAAGAGGUCGGGGUGUACGCUGCCCACCUUCGCCGUGAGAUGAAUAACACCGAUAUCCACGGGUUCUACAAGGUCAAAGUGGUCUGGGGCAGGAAGCCUGAGUAA